AUGACUCGCAUCACUUUCCAGACUUCCCCUGGACUGACAGAUUCUGCCAUUCGACAGCUGAUUAAAGUGCAACCGGAAGCAUGGGGAUCCGGACGCCGUUGGACUUCGAGCAACAUCACCACCAUCACCACCACCAUCAUCACCACCACGAUCCAUGAGCAGUUUUUGCAUGAUCCGGAUCCCAUUGAUAACAGUAACGAUCCGGAUCCUCACUCCUGCAAGGAUCCGGAUCCGCGGAGCGCUCCUUCCCCAGUCAUGCCUUCUUUGAAGAAGAGACAAAAGCAAGGACAGUCCAAAGCAAAAGCUGAUCGUGAAGCGACUGUGCCCCCAUCUGACGGAGCUGAGCCACUCGUGAGCAUGGACCCCAAGGCUGCCGACGCGGUCCCCGACGCAGACACCGAUGAUGCCGCCAACACCGCAUCCACUGCCAACGACGAGGUGGAAACCGUGGACAAGGAGGCGGGGCCAGAGGGAGAGGAGGCAGGGUCUCCAGCCAAGGGGGCAGUGUCUGGGGCCAAGGGAGUGCAAGCAGCGGGUGCGGGGAAAGAUGACGGCAAGCAGAAGCGCCGCAUCAUCCCUUCCUGGGCCAGCCUCACGAACUCCCAGAAUGCGCUGGUGCAACGCGGCACUUGCCGCGUUGCGUCCAACCGACCUAAGAUGGCUGCCAUCCUGACCGAGGCGCUGCAGGCUUGCGCGCAGCGCGGCGGGGCGUCCGUGGUGGCCCUCAGGAAGUACAUCGUGGCCGAGUACCCGGGCCUUGGACUGCAGCGCCGUGGCUACCUCCUGAAGCAGGCGCUGAGCCGCGAGCGUGAGCGCGGACGCAUCCGCCAGCUCACAGGCAAAGGGGCCUCUGGCAGGGUUGAGCUGUCCAAACCAAGUGCCCGUGCAAAUGGAAAAACGGGUCCCCAGGCAGUCGUUCCUCCCACCAAGCUGGAGGAUGCCCUGCCAUUGGCGUUUACGCGCGUCUGCGUGCCCAAGGAGGCAUCGGUUGCCUUUAUCCGCAAGUACCUGCUGCAGCACUACCAGCACCUGCCCGUGGGUGACAGACCCACCAUGCUGAAGCAAGCUCUACAGCGCUGCGUUGGGAAAGGGCAGCUGGAGCAAAUCACAGGCAAAGGAGCUUCUGGGACAUUCCAGCUUUCUCCCAGGUCUCCGUUUCCACGGCAGCCACUGGAGCGUGCCAUUUCAACGGCGAUUGUGGCGAUGAAUGAGCCCAAAACGGCGUCCGCCACGGCACUACGCAAGCACUUCGCUGCGGAUGGCGUCAAGGCCCACGUGCUGAAGCGCGUGCUGCAUAAGUGCGUGCGUAACGGCUGGAUCGAUCAGAUCUCGGGUCACGGUUUCAGUGGAACCUACCGCCUCGCAUUUCCGUACUACCCCAGCCCCCUGAUUCUCUUCCCAGAGGACAAGGAUAUGCUGGAGGGCCGAGCCGGCCGAGACACCGAUGACGACAUGGAAGAUGUCAACGAGGAUGAAGAGGAGGAAGAGCACGAUGAUGAGGACGACGACGAUGAUGAGGACGAGGAGUCUGAGAGCGACUACUCUGAGCCAAGGCAUGCUCGGGCACGCAAGAGACCUCGCUUGGUGCUCGCCAAGAAGACCCCGCGUCGGUCCUCUGCCUCGUCGGGCCGCGCCGCCCACAGUCGCAAGCGCAGCACGGCCGCCAAGGCCCGCGCGCCGGUCAAGCGCGGCGCGCGCGCGAGCCGCUCCGCCGCUGCCCCGCCAGCUGUCGUCGCGGCCGCCCCCGCCAAGCAGGCGGCGUCGCGAGGCAAGGCUGCCCCUGCCGGGCGGCAAAAACGCGGCGGCCGCGCAUCUCGCAGCUCCGUCGCCGCGCCGGCGCCCCCCCCCGUCGUCGUCGUCGUCGCCGCCAAGACUCCGACCAGGUUCAAAGUCGCUUCGGCGAAGGUUCCGGCCAAAGCCGCCGAGCCCAAGGCUGAAGCCGUCGCCAAGAGCGACGCGACGCCCAAAACCGCCGGCAAAAAGCAGGCGGCAGGUUCUGCGGUCGCUAAGGCGAGCAAGAAAGGAUCUCCGGCCGCGCGCAAGGCCGCGCGCAAGGCCACCGCCGUGAAGGGUGUUGUUGCGGCAUCGCCCGCACGAAAGAUGAGGCCCAGACGGCACUAGGCCUGUACGACGGCGCAGACCCUAGUUAGGAAAAGCCUUGAGGUGUCUUUGAUACAGUUUUUUGUUCUUCUUUAACGUUUGUUUAUUGGGCCUUCAUGAGUGAUAUUAAUAUGUCCGGUCUCGUUGCGUGCGUGUCGACGCUAGUUUAGCGGCACAACGAUGGUAUUUUAAGUUUUCUUAUUUUUUGAGCCCGGCGUGCUUUACGACGUACACCGUGGCUCGCCGACGAUUGAAGGUGCUCUGCGUGCGCGUGUGUGUGCACGCGCGUGGGUCUCGCGCGCGUGCACAUUUGUUAGGAUUCCUCGUGAGUGCCUGGUUUGGGCUCCCGGAGCCUCGUGGGAUUUUGUGCCGAUCCAGGCCUCUAGUCGUAGCCACACCACGACGAGUAAUCGAGUAGUAACACAAUUUUAAUCAUGUGUAUGUAGUUGAGAUGUCCUUUUCCCUGAGGCUGUGUGAAUUCCUAUUAGUUACCAGUGCCCCAUCUUUUUAAUGCACUCCCUCUCUCUAACCCCUUAUUAUUUGUCACAGUAUACAGUCGUUAAUCUUCCAGGCAAAUUUAGUUCGCCUUCCGCCGGCAGACAUUGGCCCACUUGUCCCAAUAGUGACGCAAACAUUUUUUUAAAUGUCCAUUCUAAAGUCGGUGGACAACAUAAUGUCCCCUCUAAAAAGACAUGCAUUCACCCCUGACAUUAACAGGGAAUGCAUUGUCAGCAGGGCAGUGUUAGAGAUUGAUAUUGGUAGAACACAUUGCCAAACAAAUCACUGCUAAUUCUUGGUUUCUUGUGUAAUAAAGGACUAUGAUUGAAGGGGAUCCUAUAUAAAAUAGUUUUGUGUAAUUUUAUGCUGCCACCCCUCUAGCCUCUGCUGAUUAUAGGAGUUCUGGAAUUACUUUUUAUUCUCUCUGUUACAUGACUCCUAUAACAAUACAAAUUGUGAUAUCGCAAUCGGUGAUGAACAUACAAAAUAAAUCGAUACUUGCAUCGCAUUUAUUUGUUAACCUAACAUGCCAACGUUGAUCACUUUUCAUAAGGUGGGUGAACAUGGAAGAGUACACAAACAUCUGGAGAAAUAUUUAGUAACAGAACUCUGGAGAGUUUGGUGUUCAUGGCCAAGGUUGUGGCUCCCUGAAGUUAAUCGUGGCACUCGGUGUAAUGGUUUAGUUCAAAUCCCACCACGCUUUUAUUACCACCGCAUUGUGCGUGUCCUGUGCAAAGCAGAUGCUUAACAUACUCUUAGUUCUUUCGGUAAAGUCACGUAGGUAAAAAAUGAAAUAAAUAAAAAUAAAACAAUAAAAAUCACGACGUUUCGGAGGCAACACAAGUCUCCGUCAUCAGGUGGGACCGUCACAGCCAGAUUUGCUGCAUCAAGUGAGGCAAGGAUUCAAGAUGUACGCCCUUAAAUGCAAGUUGAGGGGGGAGGAGAGGGGGGGGGGGCGCUCAUCAGAAUGUGGUAGCCAAUGAAUGGAACGUAUCGGGAGGGAGUGGGGCGGGGCUAAAAGAAGGCAGUAAGUGGUACACGAGAGUCGGCGAUGUGGACGUUUUAUUUUUAUUAAUUUAAUUUUUUACCUACGUGACUUUACCGAAAGAACUAAGAGUAUGAAUCCUUGCAGUCACGAAAGCUUCAAAUCUAGAAGAUGCUAAACACUCUGUCACCAUCUGCUGUGCAAGGCCAUCGUAUGCAGGCCCCCACAAGCAGAAUUUUCUCAAUGUGAAAAUGUCAAUCUGUUUGAUAGUUUAGUUUUUAAAAGUAAUAAUUUUCAGUUACAAUGCUUAUACAUUUUGUAUACUCUCUUAUUUUAAGUAUGUAUUGCUAUUAAUAAUACAGCUAGCAUUUUGUUGUAAGCUUCACCUAGAGAAGUGUCGUAGAAGCUUGCUUGCCAGCAAGGCAGAAGAACGGUAUCGAUAAGGAAUGUCUUAUACCACCCUUGCUGCGUUACGGUGUACGAUUUUAUUGUGCGUGUGUAGACAAUGACUUCGUUUUGGCAUUGACAACAUGGCUGACAGGUUCAAAUGUGUUCACACAGACAACGAAAUGGUUGAAAGUUAAAUACGAACAUCACAGUCGUGAUUUUGUGUGGCUUGAACUUCCCAGUUUGUUCCUGUUGCAGAGUUAUUUUUGACCUAAUUUUAGGGAGGGAUUUUCUUUUGGAACGAUAUUGUUUUAGCCAACUCCAAUUAGCAUGGUUGGCUACGUAUGGAUGCGAAGUAAGUUCAACAUGCAUACAUACAGAAACAUGAAAGUAAGCUGCUUUGGUUUUUGUGGUGUAAUUUUGAUAACCAUACCUUAAUUUUGUUUGCCGUUUCAAAAAAUGCCACUAAAUAGGUAAUAAGGUUCGAUUGUCGAACAGAAGUAAGUCGGAGGGCAUUAUUAUCUUGAUUCCCUUAGGCAUGUUUUUAAUAAAAACACAAGUCAAGCAUGGAAUGGUUUUAAACUUUACUAAGCCUCGUCAGCUUAGUUUGACCACAUAAACCAAUUCCAAUGGAUGCCCCCAUUUAAUGGGAAACGUUGAACCAGUUUCAAAUUCCAACUUCUCGGUAUCAUCAGCAAAGACAUAGCUUUAGAACUCAACACGACAUUAGUAAUGUGAAAAGAUCGUAAUCAAGCUGUUAGAGCGGUUAUUAAAGCGAUCUAAGAUCAUGUUCUGUAUUCAUCACUGUUUGAUAUACCAGUGAUUUAAAAGGGAAAGGCUGCUUUCUUUAACAAUGGUCGAGAAGCAACUGACGUCCACAUUUGACUAAUUGUUUAAGCUUUAAGAGGGGGACCUACUCCCAUUGCUCUGCGUCCACUUCCAAACUGGGCGGUUGUGAUGACUGUUCAAAUAUUCUCACUUAAUUUCUACACGUCGUUUGGAAGCAUCUGAACAGGUGUCAGUCACAUCAUUUCUGGGCUGCAUCUUGAGUCACUGCUUAUGCGCUGUACUACUAAAGUACUAUUCUGUAGAAGCCACCCAUUCUGUGUCUUAAAGGCAAACGGUAAACCGCCGUUGUCUUCCCCGCAGAUGUUUAAUGGAUUCAAAUGAAUUUGCCGGUCUCGCUCUUGACAGCCCCAGCAAGUAAAAUAUCAGGUCAAAGGCGCGAGUUCGAUGAUAUUAAAUCAGCACGGGCAGUUCUGAAAAAAAAAAAUGCAACGCUAUGAAAUAGUUAUAUUCAGACACUGUCCUAAGUAUGAAACAUCAUGUUUUGGAAAAGGGUAUGAUCAUGAAAGAGGACACCACAAAUAACAAUGGCUUGCAUUGCUUCCAACAGCUAUUGGCAUUUCAGUGCUCAGCAAUUUGUAUGGAUUUUUUUUUCCUCUUCGCUGGCAAUAUUUGAAGGGGUCAGGUCUGCUGGCAGAAUGUUAUUUGCAUUGCGUGAACGUUCCAAGUUUGGCAUUCGGUACCUCUGUAUUUGCGUAAGCUGGGCAUCAGCGAGUGUCUGCCCCACCUGUCAUUACACAUUCACCUGCAUCGUGCAGCCCCAGUUAUUACUGCAUCUUGAGCUUUCUUAGCCACACUUUCCAAGACAACACCUUUAUACCCAAUGUUGCCGUAACAGGACAAGCUAUGCUGAAGGCUGUAGCGAUUAUCUUAAUGUUGUGAUCGCCCAGACUUAAUAACAACGAUAACAGACUACGAACUCCCUCCCCGCUGUGAUCUAUUAGAGAGUAUUUAGAUGUGUGAAGGCCCACAUAUAGUAUUGGCUUGACCAGCUUGUCUUUCUUAAUUUUCCUUUGUGUUUUUUGUAAUACGCUUAGCAAAUGCAUGUUGAGUAGUACAUACUAACCAAUUGUUUUAGUUCAUAAAGAAGCAUUAAACUUUGACAUUUGAUUCCA